UGAAAGGGGGUAUGUGAAGUCUCACUCUGAGACCGAGGGGUACGUCGACUGAAAAAGUUUCGGGACCGCUGAGUUAAGGUUGAAGGACGGUCUGUUUCCGUAUCCCUCAACCACUGCCUUCGUUUUUGGCCCCUCUGCCGUGUUUCGUCCGUUCGCUUGGUUCUCUUUGAAAAUGCGCUGGAUUGACUUUCCGCAUCUUUGUCGAUGAGAUGCUUCGUCAGUCCUGGGACACUGUUACGGAUUUCAGUUAUUCUUCCCUUUACGCUUCUUGACGCUGUCUGUAUUCGCGAGUACCUGCUGGGGCUCAUGUUUUCUUUCUGCUUUUCCCCCCAACGCAGGAGCAGGAACUUAAAGCGGCUGCCGACAGCGUCUUAUCGGAAGUAAGAAGGAAGCAGGCAGACACGAAGAGAAUGGUGGAAAUCCUUCGGGGCUUAGAAAAGCUUAGGAAACUGAGAAAAGAAGCCGCAGGAAGAAAAGGUGUCUGUCCACCCCCAUCAGCAGAUGAAGCUUUUGAACAUAAUAUUCAGAAGAUGAGGACAUUGAUUAAAAAACGCACUGAACUGUAUGAAGCUGAAGAGAGAGCUCUACGAGUCAUGUUAGAAGGAGAGCAGGAAGAAGAGAGGAAAAGAGAAAUGGAAAAGAAGCAGAGGAAAGAAAGAGAAAAGCUUCUGCAGCAGAAACGUGAAAUCGAGUCUGUGCUGUUUGGCAAUCCGGAUGAGUUCCCCCUUGGCCAUCUGCUUCGACCCUUCAAACAGUAUUAUUUACAAGCUGAGCAUUCUGUACCAGUCCUCAUCCAGAUCAGGCAUGAAUGGGACCGGUAUUUGGUACCAGCAGAUCAUCCUGAAGGAAGCUGCAUCCCUCCAGGAUGGGUCCUCCCAGCUCCUCCUACCAGUGACACUUGGGCCACUGCUGUCAGAUAACUUUACCAUAAGACAGUCUGAAGUUUUGGAGUGUCACAUUAAAGUGCCGUUUCAUUUUAAUUAUGGAAGAACAUGGAUUUCUGGCACCGGGCACCCAGCUGGAG